AUGAGAAGACAGUUUCCUGCCCUAUACAAUAUGGAAAUUAGAUCUCUGACAAUGAAGCCUUUUACCGCAUAUCCUUCUGGGUUUAUUGUAUUCCUGUUUGCCUUGCUGCAGAGGAGCCAUGGACAAUGCAAAGAAGCAGCUAAAAAAUCAGAGAUGAAUCUUGGUGUAAAAUAUGAUCUUCCUAACUUCAUUGCAGACACACCAAUUCAGAAUGUAGUUUUAUACAAGCAUCAUGUUUAUAUUGGAGCAGUCAAUAAGAUUUACGUACUAAAUGAAACUCUCCAGAAUAUUUCUGUGUACAAGACUGGGCCUGUUUUGGAGAACCCUGACUGUGCACCAUGUGAAGACUGCCGAGAUAAAGCCAAUUUAUCUAACAGCAUAUGGAAGGAUAACAUCAACAUGGCACUGCUUUUAGAAACUUAUUAUGAUGAUCAGCUCAUUAGCUGUGGUAGUGUGUCCGGAGGCAUCUGCCACCGUCACAUCAUUCACCCUGACAACCCUGCUGACAUUGAAAGCGAGGUGCACUGCAUGUACUCACCCCAGGUGGAUGGAGAAGCAGAUAACUGUCCUGAUUGUGUUGUUAGCACUUUAGGAACCAAAGUUUUGGUGACUGAAAAGGACAGGUUUGUCAACUUUUUUGUUGGAAAUACUGUGACAUCUGCGUUUCAACCUCCCCAUGUGCUGCAUUCAAUAUCGGUUAGAAGAUUAAAAGAAACACAGGAUGGUUUUGAGUUUCUCACAGAUCAGUCUUAUAUAGAUAUCCUCCCUCAGUUCCGUGACUCGUAUCCUAUUAGGUACGUCCAUGCCUUUGAAAAUGAUCACUUUGUCUAUUUUUUGACUGUACAGAGAGAAGCUCUUGACUCACAGUCUUUUCACACUAGAAUUAUCCGCUUCUGCACUUUAGACUCAGAGAUGCGUUCCUACAUGGAAAUGCCUCUUGAGUGCAUUUUUACUGAAAAGCGAAGGAAGAGGUCCAUCCGGAAGGAGGUAUUCAACAUUUUGCAAGCUGCCUACGUAAGCAAGCCUGGUGCAGCUCUAGCACACGAAAUGGGCCUUGGGCUCAAUGAUGAUAUCCUCUAUGGUGUUUUUGCACAAAGCAAACCAGACUCUUCUGAACCAACCAACCGAUCUGCUGUCUGCGCCGUCUCUGUGCGAACCAUCAACGAGUUCUUCAACAAGAUUGUUGAUAAGCAGAACAUGAAAUGCCUCCAGCACUUUUACGGGAAAGAGAGCAAAUACUGCUUGAACAGGGCUUUUUCAAGAAACGCUUCGUACUGCAGAGCACGGGAUGAUGAAUACCGCUUAGAAGUCACCACUCCUCUGCAGAGGGUUGACUUGUUCAUGGGCCAGUUCAACAGUGUCCUGCUGACUUCAAUUUCUGUCUUCACCAAAGGGAACCUUACCAUUGCUAACCUGGGAACUUCAGAGGGCCGCUUCAUGCAGAUAGUGGUUUCCCGUUCAGAAUCCACAACUCCACAUGUCAGCUUUCAGCUGGACUCCCACCCCAUCUCUCCCCAGGUUGUUGUCGAGAAUUCAUUAGCAGAUGAUGGCUAUACCCUGGUAGUGACUGGGAAAAAGAUAACAAAGAUCCCUCUGAAGGGGCCAGGCUGCCAUCACUUCAGGUCCUGCAGCCAAUGCCUGCUGGCACCAGCCUUCAUGGAGUGUGGCUGGUGCAGCCAGCAGUGCCUCAGGUCUUCCGAGUGCCCCAGCAACACUUGGACCCAGGACACCUGCUUGCCUAGGGUUUAUGAGAUUCUCCCAAGCAGCGCUCCCAUAGAAGGUGGGACAAAAUUGACACUGUGUGGAUGGGACUUUGGAUUCAGCAAAAAUAAUAGAUUUGAAUUAAAAAAUACAGUAGUUCAUAUUGGAGGACAAAUUUGUCCUCUGGAAAUGAAAUCUAGCAACAAAAAUAGGCUGGAAUGCACAGUUCCUGCUGCAAAAAGUCCAGGUUUUAAUAUAUCCAGUAGUGUUUCUGUUGGACAUGGCAAAACACUAUUCAAUACAUUUUCAUACGUGAAUCCUGUAAUAACAAGUAUAUCUCCCACCUAUGGCCCCAAAUCUGGAGGAACAUUGCUGACUGUAGCUGGAAAAUACCUAGACAGUGGGAAAUCCAUGAGGAUUUUUGUUGGUGAGCAACCAUGCACUUUGAAAAGUCCUCCCAGCAUAUCGGCGAGCACUGUGGAGUGCUACACUCCAGCACAGCAAAUUCCCCAGGAAUAUCGUGUGAGAAUGGAAAUCGAUGAAGCUAUUCGAGACACAAGCAGCCAUUUCACAUACAGAGAAGACCCAGUUGUUUUAAAAAUUCAUCCAGCCAAAUCUUUUCUUAGUGGUGGAAGUACAAUCACAGCUCAGGGAAUCAACUUGAACUCAGUGUGCUUUCCUCAGAUGGUGAUUACUGUACCUAAACUAGGAAUGAACUUCUCUGUGGCAUGUAGCCACCGCUCUAGCUCAGAGAUAAUCUGCUGUACUACACCUUCACUGAAAGAUUUCAAUCUCCAACCACCCUUUGUGACCAAAGUGUUCUUUAUUUUUGAUGGUGUCAGCUCCCUGUACUUUGAUUUUGAUUACGUAAAUAAUCCUGUAUUUAAGCAUUUUGAAAAGACAGUGUUCAUCUCAAGAGGCAACCAAAAUGUUCUGGAAAUUAAGGGAAAUUAUAUUGAUUCAGAAGCUGUUAAAGGUGAGGUGCUAAAAGUUGGAAACAAAAGCUGUGAAAACCUUCUCCUGCAGUCAGAAUCAAUUCUGUGUACGGUUCCCAGCGAUCUCCUGAAAUCCAACAGUGAGCUAAAUAUAGAGUGGAAGCAAGAAGUUUUGUCAACAGUUAUUGGAAAAGUGCUGAUCCGGCAAGAUCAGAAUUUCACGGGAUUAAUUGCUGGAAUUCUUUCAACAUCAAUCUUAAUUUUUAUCUUUUUGGUGGUUUUCUUCUGGAGAAGGAAGAAGAAACAAAUUAAAGAUCUGGGAAGUGACCUAGUUCGUUAUGAUGGCAGAGUGCACACUCCUCACCUGGACAGGCUGGUGAGUGCAAGGAGUGUAAGCCCAACAACAGAAAUGGUUUCAAGCGAAUCUGUAGACUACAGAUCAACUUUUCUAGAAGAUCAGUUUCCAGGCAUGUCUCAGAAUGGAUCGUGCAGACCUGCCCAGUAUCCUCACUCUGACCUCUCCCCGAUUCUGUCUAGUGGAGAUUCAGAUUUAGCCAGUCCACUUCUCCAGACCAAUGUCCACAUAGACAUCAGUGCCUUAAAUCCUGACCUGGUCAAAGAAGUGCAGCACGUGGUUAUUGGUGCUGACAGUCUGAUUGUGCACUUCAGUGAAGUCAUAGGAAGAGGACAUUUUGGCUGUGUGUACCAUGGGACAUUGCUGGAUAACGAUAGCAGGAAAAUUCAUUGUGCUGUGAAGUCACUGAAUAGGAUUACAGACCUGGAAGAAGUAUCUCAGUUUCUGAAAGAAGGAAUAAUCAUGAAAGAUUUCACUCAUCCCAAUGUUCUGUCACUCCUGGGAAUCUGUUUGCCCAACGAAGGAUCCCCAUUAGUUGUUCUUCCAUACAUGAAACAUGGAGAUCUUCGAAACUUCAUUAGGAAUGAGACUCAUAAUCCAACAGUAAAAGAUUUAAUUGGAUUUGGCCUUCAGGUUGCAAAAGGAAUGAAAUACCUUGCAAGUAAAAAGUUUGUCCAUAGAGAUUUGGCAGCAAGAAACUGUAUGUUGGAUGAAAAAUUCACUGUCAAGGUUGCUGAUUUUGGUCUUGCUAGAGAUGUCUAUGAUAAAGAAUACUACAGUGUGCACAAUAAAACAGGAGCUAAACUGCCAGUGAAAUGGAUGGCUUUAGAAAGUUUACAAACUCAGAAGUUCACAACAAAGUCAGAUGUGUGGUCCUUUGGUGUAUUGUUAUGGGAACUUAUGACACGAGGGGCACCACCUUAUCCUGAUGUAAAUUCUUUUGAUAUAACUGUUUACUUACUACAAGGAAGAAGGCUACUGCAACCUGAAUACUGCCCUGAUCCACUGUAUGAAGUCAUGCUGAAGUGCUGGCAUCCGAAACCUGAGAUGCGUCCAGCAUUUUCUGAACUUGUUUCAAAAAUAUCAACAAUCUUCUCCACUUUUAUUGGGGAACACUAUGUUCAUGUCAAUGCUACUUAUGUCAAUGUCAAGUCCAUUGCUCCCUAUCCUUCUCUUCUAUCAUCACAAGACAACACAGACGUGGAUGUUGACACAUGA